AUGAACAAUGUCGUACACUUGAGCAUGGGACAUGAACUGGAGAUGAAUGCAGGCAAUGUUGGUGUGGAGGCUCUGAAGUGUGAAGUAAAACUUGAACCAAAUGAUUGUGAAGAUACCGACGAGGAUGCUCUAGAAGAGAACAGCGUCUCUGACAUCAUACAAUCUGCAGACUCAGACGAUGGUCCUCUAAUGAUUGUGAAGAAAGAACAGUCAAGUGAUCUAAACUUGAAGAGAUUUAAAAAAGCUGUACAGAGGAAUCCAGAAGAUUUAACCUCUAGAAACUUGGAAAACCAUGAACUCAUACAUGACACAUUACAAGAAGCGCCAUAUGCGUAUACACACCGGUGA